AUGCUGAUUAUAGACAACCAGCCGGUUCCGCGCAAUCUCGCGGUACGUGCGCUUGACCCUUUGGCUGCCGCGCGUGCAGCGGAAAAGCUGAGAUGCGCGGAGGCGCAAGGAGGCGCAGGGGAGGGGGAAGUGGGGAACCUGCGGAACGCAGGUGGCCGUGACGGCGCCGCGUGUAACGGCGGCGUUAACGGUAGCGGGAUCUCGGUGUGCCGAGGGCGGGAGGGCGGAGGGGGCGAGUGGAUGCGCCGGCAGCGGGACCUGCUGGGCGGCGCGGGGAGCCGCUCUCUCGGCGCGCCACGUGGCGAGGAAUCUACUGCUGACACGUGUGAUGCUGGCAGUGAUGCGCUUCCCCGCGCGAUUUGGCGCAGUUUGAGUGCGAGUGUGCUUAAAGCGCGUGAUGCUGCAGCGGGGAUAACUGGUGGAUAUACUGUUGGUAGCGGGGCUGCUGGUAACGGUGAUGCUGGUAGCACUGCUGACGGUUGUGAGCGCAAUGCCGCGCUGCCGCUGGAGACGGCCACGCCUCCGCGUGCCUCCACUCGUGCAGGCGAAGAAUGCGCGGCAGGGGUGGCAGGAGAAGCAGUAGCGGCAGCACCAGCGGAGGAAGCGGCACGGAAUGCGGAAUGCGGCUUGUUCGAUCGCCUAAAGUGGCACGGAGAUGGGGACGGAGCGCGCAAGCUUGGACCGGGGGAAGGGGCGCGCGCGCAACUAGAGGGGGGCGGUGGGGCGGGAGAUUGCGGGAAAGAGGGCGCAAGGAAGGCGGACGGGGGUGAGGCGCAGCAGGGACGGCCGGAGCGGCUGGUGUACGUGGCGCAAGCUGAGGUGGCAACUGCUGACGUGGACCUGGUUGACGUGAUAGGCACGGACGAGAUGACGACGUAUGGCAUGGUGCCGCAGGCGCAUGCUCCCCUGUGGGGACUGGCAUGCGUGCGCGCGUGCAAAGCCAUUCCUCGUUGCUCGUUGCUUCCCUCUGCCGCGCUUUACCCUCGCUCGUUCGCGAUCCACUGCCAUGCCUCUGCACUGCAUCCCCUCUCUCCCUCUCCUCCCUGCCUCUCAUUUCCUCUCCCCGUCCUGCCCCCCUCUGCCCAUCCGGCCGUGCCUCUCUGUACCCCCCUGGCCCCCCCACAGCUGCACCUGGUGGGCGCGUUUGACGACGACCCGGGGCACACAGAGAGCAUCCACGCCGCGUGGGAGGAGGAGCAGGAGAGGCAGGAGCAGGAGCGCGUGCGGCAUGAGGAAUCACAAGAGCAGCAGCAGCAGGGUUAUCAGGAAGGGAGCGGCAGCGGGCGGCAGUCAGGGUGCAAGCGCAGGCGAGCCCCCAGCCCAGCCAGUGGCGGCAGUAACAGGGCCAUGCGCGCAGGGCCAGGAGCGGAAGUAGGGGCAGGAGAGAGAGCAGAAGCAGGAGCAGGAGAGGGAGGUGCACAUGGCAGCGCCUGGCCACACGGCAACCCAUCAAGCCCUGCGGCAGCAGCAUCGCCAUCCCCAGCCACAGCACCACCCAUGCAUCCCUUGCACCUGGAUGCCACCCCACACCACCACCCCGCGCCACUGCACCUCUCCUCCCCUCCACAGCACCUUCCGCCGUCGUCUCUGCUUCCUCCGCUUCCCACCGCCACCCCGAACAGCCCGUACUACAGCCUUUCCCGCGCGGACAGCGCCCCCUUCGCCCCUCCUCUCCCCGCGGGCACGUCCCUGCCAGUAGCCUGCGCGCUGGUGACCGCGCUGCACGCGCUCCCGCGCCCCUUCCGCCUUUGCACGCUCGCGCUCCUCCCCCUCAACACCACGUGGGACCCCUCCCGCCGCGCCCCUGUGCCCCGCACGCGCGGACUGGCAGUCCACGUGGCGUCUGGGGAAGCCUCCCCGCGCGUAUUCACCCCAGAAGAGCGCGGGCCUGAUGCUGUGCUGCGGAGCGUGCUGCUGUUCUUUGGGGAAGGGGGAGAGGCGGAGGAGGAGGGGAAGGGGGAAGCGGAAGGGGAGGCGGGUGGGUGGUGGGGAGGGGUCUCGGGGGAGGAGGAGCGGUUGGUGGCGGAGGGGCGCGAGGGGGGAGAGGGGGAGGGGCGGGAGGGGCGCCGUGAGGGCAGUGUGUGUACGCCUGAGAAAGGGCGGCCUGUUGAUGCUGCUGCACGCACUGGUGGUGGCACUCCGGCUAGCGGCGGUACUGGCAGCACACGCGCACACAGCACUCCCUCCUCCUCCCCUCUCAUUCCCUCCUCGCUCUCCUCCUCCUCCCCUUCCCCACUCCUGUCCUCCUCCUCAUUCUCCCCUCUCCUUUCCUCUUCGCCGUCUCCCUCCCUACCGCCGCUCGCAUCCUCCCCUACUCUGCUCUCCACCCUGCCACCCGCCGCGCUGGCACCGCUCUGCACCGCUCUGUGCGGCCCACUCUGUCCCCAGGGCCGCCUUACCCGCUUCUACGACACUCAAAUUGACAGAUUCGUGCUGCCGCCCACCAGGCUCAUGGAUGCAGCAGCACUGGCCCGGCAGCGCCUGAGCAUGACGGAUCACGAGCUGCUGCACGCCAACUCCACAUCGCCACUGGCUGAGGGCCCCGACUUCCUGCCCUUCAUCCGCAGCUGCUACCGCCUGCUAGCCCAGUCACCAGACACAGACACGCUCUUCCCCAGCGGAGCCCCACGCGUCUUCACACGCGAUCCCACCUCGCAGCGCUGGCAGCGCGCGCCGCCCCCCCUGCCCCCGCGCACGCCGCUCAUGCUGUACCGCGCGUACCGCUCGCGCCACCUGCACUCGCUCUCCUCGCUGCUGUGCUCCCUGCCCUGCUGGCCCUGGCUCUGA